UAUAUUUUCAUAGGACCCCCACCCACCCCCCCACCCCCUUUCCCCCUUCUUGGAUCCCUCUCCAUUAAUAAAAAGAAAGAAACUACACACACUUUUACAUUCAAGAGUAACAUAGAAAGAAGAAAACUUCUCUCUUUUUUCUCUUAUGAAGAAGAGAACUUUUUCUUCUUCAACAAUAAUUCCUCUAUUUCUUUUCCAUUUUAUUGCUCUCCUUUUGAUGGCCCUCUUAACUUUUUCACCAGAAAAUAACCAAAAAAAUCAACCUACUAAGAGGAGGAAAAAACAACAAAAACAAAACAAAGAGAAACAAAAGCAACCAUCUUCAUGGGAUCAAUUCAAGAACUUGUUGACUUGCAAACAAAUUGAAAACUCAACUGUUCAUGACCCUGCAGCUUCCAAGAAUAAUAAUCCUUCUUCUUCUACUGCUGCUGCUUAUUCCAAGUUGAGUUCUUGUAGUUCCAUAUGUAAUUUCAGGGAUGUUGUACAUGGCAACACAAGGGUGGUACAUAGAGCUGAUAAUUCUCCAGAAAGUAGCAGUUUAGGCCAAGAAACUCGACUUCUAAGCAAGAAUAAAACUUCUCAUCAUGGCCCUUCAUCUUCAAGUUCAAGGUCUCUUGCGAAAUCCAACGGUGGUGGUAGCUCCACGUACACUACUUCUUCCAGAGGAAUGCAAUUUCGUAAGCUAUCUGGAUGUUAUGAGUGUCACAUGAUAGUUGAUCCUAGCAGGUAUCCUUUACCAAGGUCAACUAUAUGUGCAUGUCCUGAAUGUGGAGAAGUUUUCCCAAAAAUUGAAAGCUUGGAACAUCAUCAAGCAGUCAAGCAUGCUGUGUCUGAGUUGGGUCCCGAAGAUUCAAGCCGAAACAUAGUGGAAAUAAUUUUCAAAUCAAGCUGGCUAAAAAAGGACAAUCCAAUCUGCAAGAUCGAACGGAUAUUAAAAGUCUAUAACACCAAACGCACAAUCCAACGGUUCGAGGACUGUAGGGACGCGGUGAAGAUACAUGCAGUCGCCACAGGCAAGAAAAACCCAAGAUGCGCCGCUGAUGGAAAUGAGCUACUUAGAUUUUACUGCACGAGCCUUACUUGCUCCCUUGGGGCACGUGGCUCGUCCAGCUUGUGUGGCUCCGUACCUGGUUGCGGAGUCUGCACUACCAUACGCCACGGCUUUCAAGGAAACAAAAUCAGUGGGGUCCGCACCACUGCUAGUAGUGGGCGGGCCCACGAUUGUCUAGGGAGUGGCACCGCCCGACGUAGGGCGAUGAUAGUGUGUCGUGUCAUUGCCGGGAGAGUCAAGCAAACAAAGGAUGUGGUGACUUCCCCAACUAUGGAGGAGGAGAAUUGCUCGACCUCUGACUCUGGUUCUGGUUCUGGCUCGACUGCUUACGAUUCUGUAGCUGGGUACGCGGGAAUCUACUCGAAUCUCGAGGAAUUAUACGUAUUUAAUCCAAGGGCAAUACUUCCAUGCUUUGUCGUGAUAUACGAAGCUUUGGAAUCUUAGGUUUUGUUAAUUACUUUUUUUUUUUCUAUUUGUACUUGAGUUGUUUGUACGGUUUAGUUUGUUGUCUCUUUUUUGUUGUGUCCUUUAAUGUUAUGUAACUAAUUUAGGGUUGGUUAAAAAUUUUAACACCCGUGAGGUAAUGCUGAUCCAACUAUGAUUUUUGUACAUA